AUGAAGGCCUCUACCGUCGCUACCAUCGCCAUCUCUGCCGUGAGCGCUCUGGCAGCGCCCACCAAGACCCUCGGCAAGCGUGCCGCCAUCACCGACACCCCUGACGUCGGUUUCGCUACCCUCAACGGCGGCACUACCGGCGGCGCUGGUGGCUCCACUACCACCGUCUCUACCCUUGCUCAGUUCACUGCUGCUGCUGAGGCUGACGGUGCUGCUGUCAUCGUUGUCUCUGGCGCCAUCUCUGGCAGCGCCAAGGUCCGCGUUGCCUCGGACAAGACCAUCAUUGGCAAGGACUCCAGCGCCGUCCUUACCAAUGUCGGCCUGUACAUCAACAAGGUCAAGAACGUCAUCGUUCGCAACCUGACCAUCAAGAAGGUUGUUGCCGACAAUGGUGAUGCCAUUGGUAUCCAGGAGUCUGAGAACGUCUGGAUCGACCACUGCGACCUUUCUUCCGACCAGGAGAACGGUAAAGAUUACUAUGACGGCCUUCUGGAUGUCACGCAUGCAGCGGACUACAUUACUCUCUCCAACAACUACCUGCACGACCACUACAAGGCGUCCCUCGUCGGCCACUCUGACUCCAACGGCUCUGAGGACAAGGGCCACCUCACGGUUACGUACGUCGGUAACCACUUCGAAAACCUCAAUUCCCGUGGUCCCUCGUACCGCUUUGGCACCGGCCACAUUUUAAAUAACUUAUACACGGACGUCAGCGACGGCAUCAACACCCGCCAGGGCGCUCAACUCCUGGUUGAGGGCAACGUCUUCGUCAACCCCAAGAAGCCUCUCUACAGCACUGACGCCGGUUACGCUGUUUCCGUUGACAACGACUUCGGCAGUGGUGAGAACACUGCUGAGGAGGGCACCAUCUCCUCGUCCGACCUCGGCUACGACUACACUGCCCUGGCCUCUUCCGCGGUCUCAGCUUCCGUCAAGGCCUCUGCUGGCGCUACCCUCUCUUUCUAA